CAGGCAUUCGCAUGUCUUACAAAAUGUCAAGAAAUAAUAUCUUCUAAAGAUACCCAUUUAUUCAGCAUGAUUAGAAACUACACCCAAAUAUUUUUUGUUUGUUUUGUUUUUAAAAUAAAUCAUUCUUUGGUUAUCAAAAUACUUUACCGCUACACUUUAUUAAUAAUUAAAUGCUGUAGCCUAAUGUGUAGCCUGAAAACACAAGUAGUCUCUACACACUCCUUUCUAUUAAAUAUGAAAUCAUAAAUAACCACUCACCGACUGUAAUAAAAUGUAAUAAUGUAAUAUUCAAUUUACAAGACUUUAAAGUCUUGUUUGUAGUAUAACAUCAGCCCCGCCUUUUUUUUUUUUUCCAAAAAUGUUGUUGAAUUUGUUGUGAAGUGUCCGUCUAACUCAAUAUAAACGAUCUGUGGUAGCGAGCGAGCCGAGAGGGGACGUCGCUUUGACGGAGUCAGCCGAAGUUUGUCGAAGUUCGCCGCUGCCGCUGCCGAGCUGCUCUCCCUUUAAACCGCAGCUUCAAGCCGCUCUUUGUCCGAGACUCGCUCCCCUCACAACGUGUCUCCCCUUUAAGGUGAUGUUGGACGCAGCUGUGCGCUAUUAAAUAAUUCACUGGCUUGUCGGAGGGCAGGAAAACCAGGGACCAAGCAAUAAAGGAGGUAAGAGGAGGAGGAGGAGAAGAAGAAGAGGGAGAGGAGUCCAUCAUCAUCAUCAUCAUCAUCAUCCCGGCGGGCAUCAUCACAUGUCCCAGUGGCGGAGGGAGGGUUAGCCGUGCUCGCUGCUAGCAGGACAGGAGUACGGUGUCCUUGCUAGUUGUGUCGCGGGGAAGCGGCGGCGUUGAACCAGAGGAUAAAAACACAAGACACUUCUGUGGGGUGGAAAAUGUCUCUUCGUGCUCCAGACAAAGCAGCCUGGCAUCGAGCCGCAGAGGAGAUACUGCGGUGAAACUCUCCCCGGUGAUGUUUGGGAUGUUUGAGAGGGCUACUUGGACCUAGCUCACGUUUAGCAACAUUUGAAGAGAGCGCUCCUACACCUAGAACCGUCUCUGUGGCGACCAACCACCUCCAUCCACCUUCAGCUCCUCAGCGAUGACGUCCCCGGACUCCCCUCCCCUCGUCUCCCCUUCCCCUUGCCCCGCUCCCCCUCCGUCCCUCCCCUCCUCCCCUGUGCCGUCCUCGCCAGCCCCGUCCUCCUCCUCCCUCCCCGCCCCGCCCUGUCUGCCUCCCACGGGGGAGGUGAUGGUGCUGGCCCUCGGCAGGAAGAAGCAGAGGGUGCUGAUUGCUCUCUCCAUCCUGCCCAACCUCUUCCUGGCCUUCCUGCUCUCUUCCGACCCCCUCAUCACCCUCUCUCCACACCACCACUGCCACCUCCCGGGCCCCUUGCCUUCGCCCGAGGUGCUUAACGCAUCCUUGCCCUGGGAGAAGGGGCUGAGGCCCGGGUACAGCGGGGGCCCGUCUCAGUGUAAGCAGUACGUCAACAGCAGCCAGUCAGCUGUGGUGGACUGCGAGGACGGGUGGGACUACAACGUCACGGAAGGGUUGAAAAAUAACAUCGUCACCGAGUGGGAUCUGGUGUGUGGCCAGUACUGGCUGGUCCCGGUGGAGGAGGUGUGUUUCAUCCUGGGCGUCCUGACUGGCUGUCUGGGCCUGGGCUACGCAGCCGACAGACUGGGCCGGUCGAAGACCCUCCUGACCUCUCUGACUCUGUCUGUGGUGUUUGGGGUCCUGGUGUGUGUCUCUCCUUACCCCUCUAUCUUCAUCGUGAUGCGUUUCUGUCUGGCAGCUGCUAGUGCAGGAGUCUAUCUGACUCUGUAUAUCACCCGUCUGGAGCUGUGCGAGCCGUCUCUGCGGCUGGUGGUGACCAUGCUGGCCGGACUGAUGACUGUGGCCGGGGAGCUGCUGCUGCUGGCCGUAGCCCUCGGCUGCCAGUCCUGGAGGGGCCUGCUGGGAGCCGGAGCCGCCCCUCUAACGCUGUUCCUCAGCUACGGCGUUCCUGGGGUUUUUCCGGAGUCUCCUCGCUGGCUCCUUCUGUCGGAGCGAUCUGCAGAUAUGAACGCGUUCAGCGAAAGAAGAAACUCCAACCGAGACGUGAGGGACGACGAGAGCUUCACAGAGCUGGAUGCAGAGCCGGCUCCGUCCUCACGCCCUCACCUGUCCUUUCCCGAGCUCAUCCACAGCAGGAACAUCUGGAAGAACAUGUGUGUGCUGGGCUUCACCUCAUUCAUCUCUCACGGCAUUAGUCACUGUUACAGCUCUUUCCGGGGUGACGUCAGAGGCACCGCCCCCAGCUUCUAUUGGACAUACCUGCUGUCUGUGUGUGCGGGGGGCGGAGCCUGGCUGUUGCUCUGGGCGACCGUGGACAGGUGCGGCCGCCGUGGCAUCCUACUCCUCUCCAUGACGAUGACGGGGCUGGCCUCUUUGAUCCUCCUGGGACUCAUGGAGUAUCUCAGUGAGACGGCCAUCACAGUUUUCUCCGUGCUGGGUCUCUUCUCCUCCCAAGCCACCGCCUCCCUCUGCAUCCUCUUCACCGCCGAGAUCAUGCCCACCAUCAUCAGGGGCAGCGGCGUAGGUGCUGUGCUCGCCCUGGGCUGCGUGGGCCGUCUCAGCUCCCCGCUCAUGGACCUGCGGAACCACUACGGCUACUUCCUGCACCACGUGGUCUACUCGUCUCUGGCCCUGCUGGCCGUGCUGUCCAUCCUGCUGCUGCCCGAGAGCAAGAGGAAGCCGCUGCCUCAGACGCUGACUGACGGGGAGCAGUACAGGCGCCCCCCGCUGGGCAGGAGGAGGCGGGACAAUGUGCCACUGCUGGCGACGCCUAACCCCGAGACCUAAAAAAAAAAAAAAAAAAACACACAACUGCAACAGUGGGACUGUGAUUGAGCUCAAACCACUGCAGCCUGAACAUUCACAUUAUCAUGUUCAUGCGGAGAAGAAAGACAAAGCAAUACAGAACCCUUGGAAGAGAAAGGGCUGCAACAGAUAAUGAUGGAAAGAGCGUAGAGAAGAAUCUAAGCUUCCUAACAUAUCAUCCUCUAGUCAUUCCACUGACUCCACCUUUUUUUUUUUCUGUUUCCUGCCAUUUAGAUGUGUGUUAACGUGCCUCUGAACACACAUUUCGAAAAGUUGUACCAUCUCCUCCUGAACACACGAGACACACCAGCAAACACUGCUGCACGCCGUCCUCCGUCUUCAGUGUGUCUGUUGUAGAGAUGCUCGCUGCUCGCUGCUGACACCGGAUGUGGCUAGCUAUUCUUAGCAUUUUGUCUUAACCUGCAUUUUCUGUCAUGUUUGCUGUGUAUGACGACACAAUAAGUGUAACAAAAAAAAGAAAAGAAAAAAAAGAAAGAAAUCAGAACAAAGUCAGCUUUGUAUAAUUUUCUGUGACAUUUGUCGUAAAACUCCACCAGACGGUGUUUGAGAGGAUGGCUGGCGUUAAAUUCUUUGUAAAUACUUAUAUUAGACUUAGUUUCUUUAAAUUCUUGGGGCAUCUGAGUUUUGUUAAGACGUUGUGGCUGAAAUCUUAACAGUACAGUAUGCUAUGCAGUUGGGAAGCGGUGUAAAGCACUUUUGAACCCUCUUUUUUUUUUAUUUUAUGUUAAGAUAAUGUUGGUUAAGUUGAGGGAUAUUUCUUUGAGCCGACUGUUAUCAACAUUUAGAGCAAAGGUUAAAAAGGAAAAGGCCUUUAACCAGAGAAGUGUUUAACUGGCCUGGAGCCAGCAAUAUUUAUAUCAUAUUUAUGUUGUCAUUUAUCUUAUUCAGGAAGUCUAUGGCCGGGCAUUUUGAAGUAUUAAGCUAAACUGGGCUGAGAUAACGUGGAAUAAUCUUAAAAUUUUCUGGUGUCAUUGAUCAAACAACAGGGAAGCUGUUAAUUAUUGUCACAACAUUCCUAUCUGCAUGUUUGGAAGCACUGAAGGGCUCAUCUUUCUCUAUUUCCUCAGACGCUUAUCAUUACCUCUGUAGAAGACCAGUCUCAGCUGUAAGAGAAUAUAGACAGGUACGAGAUGUGACUUGAAUUAACAAGCUAAUUAACGUCUUUGUUGGUGUUUGUUUGUUUUGUUUUUUUUUGUCAGGACUUAAACACGGAGACUGUGUCUUACAUUAGCUGAAUGUUUAUCAAAAAAAAAGAGGGCGGGGGGUCCGAUGAUUGUGCUCCGUGAGGUUUGAAAGGGAGCUGAAGAGGACCCCGUCUCCAGAUCAACCCCUGACUCCUGACACAUUUUUAUUUUUCAGAGCCUUUGUUUUUUUUUUUUUUUGUUUUUUUUUUGGAAACGAGAACUCCCGCAGCAUGUUUCAGUUUCAGUGCUUCAAACCCUGUGCGUAUGAGUGCGCUUGAGAGACCAGGAGGAAGGGGUUGUUGUUUCGUUUGCACUCAACACUUAUACACUGAUAAUUAUUGUUACUACGAUACGAUUAACUUGACUUGAGUAAUAUUAUGUCUGACAACACUGACGAUCUGUUCAAUGAUGAGUGUGAUGCAGUUAACUCUAUAGCCUGAUUUCAUGUCAAAUAAAAGUGGAUAAAUAAAUGAAG